GUCAGAGAUGCAGAGGUUGUCAAAAGAAUGAGGAGAGGGCCUCUGCCGCUCUGGGAUUCCGUAUCUGGCCAGCAGUGCCUGCGACAAGCCGUUGUUGCGAUGGCUGCGCGCCUCCAAAAGCUGGUCGAACUGGGUGAGAAGCGGGUUGUCAGCUCAUCUGUGUCGGCACUGGAGCAGCCCAGGCAUUGGGAGUGCUCUUUCCUGCCGCUCGUAAAACCGCUACAAGCCAAGCGCACUAGAGCUGAGCAGCCAAAGGCAUUUUGUAGUAUACCACCACGCGUCAAAGGUCAUCUCUGUGCAAAUGUUGGCAUUCAUGCAUCUAGCUCACCGCUUACACCUUUCAGAAACCUGCCAAGAGGUGAAGUUAUGUGUCCUUCUGACCAGCAUUAUCCAGCUUUUUCCAGCAGAACAGGCGCUUUCAGCCCCAAGAUUGCAAGCUUGCCUUUUCUCAGAUGGAAGCAGGUGCAGCUGAGAUGCUCCGCUGUUAAUCAGGGGCCAAAUUACCCCCCCCAGUGGACUGAGAGAGGAUACAGAACCUGGCGACAGCCAGAGACUGAAGCUGCUGAAACCUCCGGUCAGCACGGCGACUUUGACACCAUCGCUGCCAUCGUGACUCCUUUAGCCCUUGGAGACCAGCCUGGUGCGGUAGCUAUAGUACGCCUCUCUGGCCCAAAGACCGUUGACAUGGUGCGAAAGAUCUUCAAACCGUUCCGAAGGAAGGACACGCAAGGGGGAGAGAGCAUGGAGUGGCACCCUGAGAGCCACAAGGUGGAGUAUGGGAAGAUCGUGGACGCGUCUGGUGCACUAGUUGAUGAGGUCAUCAUGGUUCCGAUGCUGGCGCCGCGCUCGUACACCCGAGAGGACGUCAUCGAGAUCCAGUGCCAUGGGGGCCAGGUGCCGGUACGCCGUGUGCUGAACACGUGUCUCGAGGCAGGAGCGCGCCUGGCGAAGCCUGGCGAGUUCACUCUGAGGGCCUUCUUGAACGGCCGUCUCGACCUGUCGCAAGCAGAGGGGAUCGCUGACCUCAUCAAUGCGCGCACAACUCAGGCUGCGGAGAGUGCGUUGUCGACCAUGCAACGCGGCCUGUCCAGCUUCGUGACGUCACUCCGCGCCGAGUGCAUCGACCUGCUGGUCGAGAUGGAGGCCCGCCUAGACUUCGACGAGGAGCUGCCGCCGUUUGACGUCCCGGCACUGAUCGAGCGCAUCCACACCAUCUCGCAACGGCUGCAAAAGGCCCUGGCGACAGCUCAGCGCGGCCGGCUGCUGCAGGCGGGGAUGCGCGUCGCGAUCAUUGGGCGACCCAACGUGGGCAAGUCCAGCCUGCUGAACGCCUGGAGCAAUAGUGACCGGGCCAUCGUGACCAAUAUUCCCGGCACCACCCGGGACGUGGUGGAGGCAGCGGUGUCGGUCGGGGGGAUCCCCGUGUACCUACUCGACACGGCCGGAAUCCGCGACACAGCGGACGCCGUCGAGAAAAUAGGCGUGGAGCGGUCCAAAGAUGCCGCGGCGGGCGCUGACGUUGUCGUGAUGGUUGUGAGCGCCGCCGACGGCUGGACGGAGCGGGAUGACGUCAUCUUAAGCCACGUGUGGGGGGCCAGCUCCAGCGGUUCCGCUCGGAAGUCCCUUUCCGGUCCAAUGAGCGUUGGUGGCGUUGGACCACGAACCGAAGGAAAAGGCCCUGUAACCGAAGAGUGGAGUCACGCUUCAGACGAGCGACCGGCAGUCAGAAGUCUCUCAGACGGGGCCUCUGAACCGUACACACAAACGGCCACCGAGAAGAGCGCUUCUCAGGUCAGGCAGACUAGUCCUGCUGACCAGAAUACUGAGCGGGAUCCCUCGUCGUCAACGGAUUCCGCGAGAGAACCGGCAGGCAGUGCUUCGAACGGCGCUCCUCACGAACGGCUGCAAACCGCACGAAUCUCUGGCCCUCCUGCGAUCCUGGUUGUUAACAAAGUCGACCGUGCGCCCGAGUCGCAAGUGGCGGUACCUGACAGCUGGCGCCAGGUGUUCGCACGGCGCAUCGCCACGUGUGCUCGGGACGGCGUUGGUUUGGUGGAACUAGAGCGGGCGCUUUUAGAAAUCGUGGGCGCCGGGGAAGCGACAGCGGAGGGCAUCUCGUGGGCAGUAAAUCAGAGGCAAGCGGAGCAGCUCGUGCGCGCGAGCGAAGCUCUCCAGCGCCUGGUUGCAAGCAUUGAAGACGACCUUCCAAUCGACUUUUGGACGGUGGACGUGCGGGAGGCGGCGCUCGCACUGGGGCAAAUCAGCGGGGAUGACGUCACGGAAGAGGUGCUUGACGGCAUCUUCAGCAGGUUCUGCAUAGGAAAGUGAUAGGUCGAGGAGUAGAGUAGAGUGCGAGAAGAGCCAUGAAGAUGCUUGCAGGUUGAAGGCCGAUGCGGUGGGAGGCAUAUCAAUUGUGCGCUGAAGGUGCAGGCUGGUGGUGUACUCUACAAUCAAGACUGUGGCUUGUAGACCAAUCAGUCAAAUGACCAGCUACGUGUGAUUGAUGCGUGCUUCAUUGGCAUCUAACGCACUAGACAUUGCGGGCGGCAAGUUUUCAUAAAGUUGUGGAGGGUGCAUGAUGCCACCGUCCAGUGCACGGGCAUGAGACUGUAGGCAGCCACGGCUGCUGCUGCCAAGUAAAAGAACAUCGACAACGAUACGAUCAUAC